CGAACGUGCCGCGGUCAAAGUGGAUUCCCAGUUUCAGAUCGUCGACCUGGCUGUUCGCGCCGCCAAGUACAUCGGCCUCGACCGUCCAUCCUCGUACCGGUACCAGCACUGGAUAAUGGCCGAGCUCGCCCGCCGAGCAUGGUACCAGUGCUCCUACUUUACCCUCUUCAACGGAUUCAGACAUCAGCGGCAGCUCUCAAUCGAGGACCCAAAUCUGCUCAAGCCCGAGAUUCCCAAGCAUGACAUGAUCUGGUACAACGAUAGUAUUGAUCUCAGCUUGCUUGAAAUCAUUCCCGCCAGCGCCAGCACCUCGCUGCCAAACUUUGCCGCCGAUGUGCUAAGAUUUCUCCAGAUUGAACGAAAGGGGCUCGAGUUCCUGUCGCUCUUUAACGGUGGGCCUAUUACUCCCGAGCUCUAUGGCGACCAAUAUGAAGCACAGCUUGCGUUGCUCGCCGAGUACAGAAUCUGGCAACAGGAGCAGACCCAGCAGCUAUGGGACUGGUAUGGCAAGCAGCCAGAGUGGAUGCGCGACAUGGCGAACUCAUUCAAGCUCACCGGCCGUGAGAUUGGCAUCGGUGCCAUCGAAAUACUGCAUUGGAAUCUCCUCUUUCACGGCAUUAUUGUGCUUGUGAACUACCCAGCCAUGAUCGAAGAACUUUGGCUCUAUCCUGAUGCCACUGUAGAUACGCUGCCGUCGCUCAGACGGUGUCUUGAAGCCUCCAAGAGCGCGAGAACACUGAUGAUGAUUUUGAGUGCCCUGGAGCCAACAUCAAAGGUGUAUGUUUGCCUCCCAAACAAGCAUGUCGCGGUUGUAGUUAUGGUCUUGACCCUUACUCUGCUGUUUGAGCCGCCAAGAGAGCAUCCAGAGAGCUACUUUUAUGCGUGGCCGCUCGUCUGCAUCGACAAGCAUCUGCUCCAGUUUCCAGUGAUCCAUCAACUGAUCAAGCAGUUUGAAACGUACGCGAUCGAUUUUUGCACUCGUCCAAUGACCCGUCUGCGACUGGACGACUCGAUCGACCCAAAGCUCAAGGUCGGCCGAUUGCUGGAGUACCGCACGCCAAUCGGCUACUUUGCGAGUAUAGCGCUUGGUCCAUGGGUCCCGCGACAUCCUCUCGAUAAGAUCCCAGGGCCAAUGCCCAUUUAGAGACACGCCGCUCUUGCCCUGCCAGUCACCUGUGGCUGGAUAUGCAUCCUGCAUCGAGCCGCGCAUUGCCGCUGUCCUCGUCACCAUCACUGCCCAUAUUGUCACUGCCCAAGGGCUCUACCCUGGCUUCUAUCAUAUACAUUCGUUGCAAUCGACGG